CCACAAUUUUAUACUACACUACACUACAACAUUCCUUUUCUUCUCUCCUCUCCUCCUCAUAUAUUUAUUAUUAUUACUCUCUCUCUAUCACAAAAAGAUACUAUCAAUAAGAGAAUUUAAUUCAAACAAUUCAACAACAUAAUCCGAGUAAAGUUUGGUGAGUACCCGGCGGUGGAUCCGACGGAGAUGGCGAAGACCGAUGCAUUCGAUUCGGAUCCGACGGCGAUUGCCAAAGCCAAGGAACUGAAGCGUGAGAUGAAGAAGCUUCUGACGAACAUCGAGGAAGAGGAUGGUUUGAGCAUUCGGACAAUCGAUCAGUUGCAAGAGGCUCUGUCCGCGUUUAAACAAGCGACGAUGAGGAAGAUGGCGAAAUCUUCUUCCCUGGAGAUGCUAGAGACCGUGUCUUGUCCUGAGGAGUUUCGCUGUCCUCUGUCUAACGAGCUCAUGCGUGAUCCUGUCGUUUUGGCUUCUGGUCAGACAUAUGAUAAAUUAUUCAUACAGAAAUGGUUAAGCUCAGGGAACAGAACAUGUCCCAAGACACAGCAAGUUCUGCCUCACACGGCUUUAACUCCUAAUCUCUUAAUCCGUGAUAUGAUCUCUAAAUGGUGCAAGACCGUCGGGUUAGAAACGACGACGUAUCAAUCCAGCCUUGUAGACGAGGAGAAAGCUGUGACUAGAUCAGACCGUGAGAUAUUCAACUCCUUGCUCUGUAAACUCUCCUCUUCGAAUCUUCAAGAUCAAAAGUCUGCUGCGAAGGAGCUGAGACGUCUGACCAAGAAAGGCACCGAGUUCCGUGCCCUUUUCGGGGAGUCUUCAGACAACAUCACCCGCUUGGUGAACCCUUUGUUGUUACAUGGGUCUACCUUGAACCAAGACGAGCAACUUCAAGAAGAUGUGAUCACGACGUUGCUGAACGUUUCCAUACAUGAUGACAGCAACAAGAAGCUCGUCUGCGAAAACGCUAACGUGAUCCCUCUCUUGAUCGAUGCGUUGAGGCGCGGAACGGUAGCAACCAGAAGCAAUGCUGCUGCUACUGUCUUCACUCUCUCCGCCCUGGAUUCGAACAAAGCGCUCAUAGGCAAAUCAGGAAUCUUGAAACCGCUUAUCGAUCUUUUAGAAGAAGGGAAUCCAUCAGCUAUCAAGGACGCAGCCGCAGCGAUCUUCACUCUCUGUAUCGCUCAUGAGAACAGGAGCAGAGCGGUAAAAGACGGUGCUGUUAGGGUGUUAGGUAAGAAGAUCUCGGAGGGAUUAAAUGUGGACGAGCUUUUAGCUAUACUAGCGAUGCUUGUUACUCACUGGAAGGCUGUGGAGGAGCUAGGCGAGCUCGGUGGGGUUACUUGGCUGCUGAGGAUCACCAGAGAGAGUGAAUGCAAGCGUAACAAGGAGAACGCGAUUGUGAUACUGCAUACUAUAUGUUUCAGCGACAGGACAAAGUGGAAGGAGAUCAAGGAAGAGGAGAGUAGUCACGGGACGAUAACAAAGCUUGCGCGUGAAGGAACCUCUAGGGCGCAGAGGAAAGCAAAUGGGAUCUUGGAUAGGCUGAGAAAAGCUAUGAAUCUUACUCACACAGCUUGAGAGAAUAUGAUUCUACAAUCUGCAAUGUAAAUUAUCUACACUCCAUGCUUUUUUUUUUUUUGGUUUUAAGAAUUUUUGUAAAUUAUUCUUAUCUCUAGGAUUUGAAUAAUAAUAUAUAUGGUUUUCCGUAUAUGAGGUUGUAUGCAAGUAGAGGAAAUCUGUGUGAAUAGUUUUUUUUUUCGUUUGAUGUUUUCUUCUUCUGAGGAAUCAAUAAAACUUAUGUUGGCAUUA